GGACACGCCCCCAGGUUCGAACGAAAGGCGCAUGCGCGCGUGCUCACUUCCUCCGCGGUUGGCUCGAGCCCUGCUCUCGCUCUGUCUGUGUUGAUUAGCGGCUUUUUGCUCCCACACGUGUAAUCUUUCUUAUGUGAAGCUCUCUCUCUCGCUUUCUUUGGGGCCCGUUUUUAUAAGCUCAUCCUGCUUGGUCAGAAUAGGUGUAAAGCCAUAGAAACCGACAACCAUGGGGGCUUAUCUGUCGCAACCUAACACAGCCAAGACCUCUUCUGAUGGCGGCAACAGCAACAUGAGCUACGGGUUCUCUGCCAUGCAGGGCUGGCGUGUGUCCAUGGAGGAUGCUCACAACUGUAUCCCAGAGUUUGAUGAGGAGACGGCCAUGUUUGCAGUGUAUGACGGGCAUGGAGGCGAAGAAGUGGCUCUGUACUGUUCAAAGUACCUUCCUGACAUCAUCAAGGAACAGAAAACCUACAAAGACGGCAAACUGCAAAAGGCUCUGGAGGAUGCCUUCUUGGCCAUCGACAGCAGAAUGACCACAGAGGAAGUCAUCAAGGAGCUAGUUCAGAUUGCUGGACGACCCACUGAGGAGCCUCCUGCUGAAAAGGUGGCAGAGGAGGAUGAUUUGGAGACCGAGGAGGCAGCUUUGCUCCACGAGGAAGCUACAAUGACCAUAGAGGAGCUGCUGUGUCGCUACGGCCAGAACCUAAACGCUGUCAAGCAUGCAGCUGCCAUCAGUGCGGCUGCCAAGAAGGCGGCAUGCUCUCACUCUGAGGCGACAGGAGACAAAGGCGAAUGUGGGGAAGGGCAGAAGAAGGAUGGGGUAAAUGGAGAGGUGGAAGAGGAGAGCAAUGGGAAGCUGAAAGAAGGCGAAGGAGCUGCAUGCGGGUCUAAGCUGCGAGCCUGUCGGAGAACAGGAGGAGGUGAAGGCAGCAGUUCAGCAGCUGACUGUGGAGGCUCGGGGAGCUCCAAUGGAGAGGAAAAGGCUGGCAAGGGCGAAGGAGAUGCAGGUCCCUCUUGCUCCUCUUUGUCCUCCAAGGCAGCAGGAGAUUCCAAGUCCAGAUUUUUCGAUGACAGCGAGGAAUCUGAGGAGGGAGAAGAGGAGGAGGGUAGUGAUGAAGAGGAUGGCAGUGAGGAGGAAGAGGGUGACAGCAGUGAGCUGGAAGAAGAGGAGGAUACAGAGGAGGGAGAGGAAGACUCUGAGGAUGAAGAGGAGGAGGAAAUGUGUCUACCUGGAAUGGAUGGCAAGGAGGAGCCUGGCUCAGACAGUGGCACCACAGCUGUCGUGGCUCUGAUCCGAGGAAAACAACUGAUCGUUGCAAAUGCUGGAGACUCUCGCUGCGUGGUGUCUGAGCGCGGCAAAGCUGUCGACAUGUCGUACGACCACAAGCCAGAGGAUGAGGUGGAGCUGGCUCGCAUCAAAAACGCUGGAGGGAAAGUGACCAUGGACGGACGGGUCAACGGUGGACUGAACCUGUCCAGAGCUAUUGGUGAUCACUUCUAUAAGAGGAACAAGGCUCUGCCUCCAGAGGAGCAGAUGAUUUCCGCGAUGCCAGAUGUCAAAGUUCUCACACUUAACGAUGACCACGACUUUAUGGUCAUCGCCUGCGAUGGCAUCUGGAAUGUGUUGAGCAGUCAGGAGGUCGUGGACUUCAUCAGUGAGAGGAUCAAACCAGACCAGAGCGGCAAAGUCCGAACCCUCUCGUCCAUAGUGGAAGAGCUGUUGGACCAUUGUUUGGCUCCUGACACAUCUGGAGACGGGACAGGAUGUGACAACAUGACCUGUGUCAUCAUCACCCUCCGGGCACACCCUGCUCAGUCAGAGGACACAAAGAAGAGGAAGCACCCGGAGGAGGCAGAAGGGACCGAACCGGAGGAGAACGGGAAUGACAGCAAAAAGCCGAAAAGUGACUAAAGGCAAAGAGGAACUGUCCCAGAGGGAGCAGCUGGUCCCAGGCUACCCCAGAUACACCAGAGACACAUUCUGUUCAAAAUUAAAAUCCUGACCUCUCAAACAUGAGUUCAUCCUAAAACAGACAUUUCAAACGCUAUACAGAUGUUCACAGAUCGGCUGAACUGAGAUCAUCGGUAUAGUUUUUUUUAAUGUCCUCUGUUUUAGGUGGAUUCUCACUUAAACACCCCCCUCCAGUUGUUUCUUUUGUUCACUCUCAUUGGAAAGAAGCUGGACACACUUUUACUACUUAAAUUCAGAAGAGGCAGACUUGCCACUCACUGGCAUGCUGAGCACAUAAUUUUUCAUGUAUUUGUAACUAGAAGGAAGAUGCAGGACAAACCAGAGUCUAGAGAGACUCGUCAGCCCUGCAGACAUGAACUGCACUGUUACUGUAAAACCUUGUUUUUCUUUCUGAACACGACACGUUCGGUUUGUUUUAGUGGAAGUUCGAGGAUAGCUCUUGUAGUGACCUGUGUCCAAUUGCUGUUCACAUCUUGGUGUGCACAUGCGUUUUCAUUGCGGUUUUGCAGCAUCGGAUGCACAUUUUCGAUAUGAAACUGCAUGAUGCUGCUACAAGGCAAGUCAUUGUAUCUCAACAAAGUGCCAUAAAAACGUUAUAGGCGCCGUCACAUCCUCAAAUUAACUGAACCGAGAGAAGGAAGGGCUGCCGGUAGAUUUACAUGAAGGUCACGGUAGAAAAACUAAUUGAAUGAGAGGACAUUGGUGCCCUUUUUAGCCCAGAUUGAAGAUGCAGUGAAAAUGUGUGUGCAGGUCUGAAUGUGUUGGUACCCUGUCAGGUUCCUCUCUGAUGUUGAUAUCCCACCCUGAGUGUGUUCAGGGACAGUUUGUGUGACUACAGCCAGAGGAACUGAAGGAUUUGGGGUACUAGUCCAGUUGCUCUUGUUUGCCAUUUAUAUAUAUAUAUUUUUUUCUCAUUAGCACCCAUUUACAAGUGAGGAUAUUUUUUCACUCUUGUUGGUCACAUAACAGCCCAAUCAUCAUUAAUGCUUCACUGUCAUCUCGCCUUUUAGUUUUUUGUUUUUUUUUCCAUUCCUGCUUUGUGUCUUGUCUCUAUCAAAAAAUUCUGUAAAUUUCCAGACAGAAAAAAAUGCCAGGGUUUUUGGGAGCCAGUGUACUUUUUUCAUCUGUAAGAUCUGAUAGCAGGGAAGCAGACAGAAACAUACAGAGACAUAAAAGGCUCGUCUUCUAUGUCUCUGUGUGUCCAUAGAGGAGAGGUGGCGGUUAAAGCCCUGGGCUGGCCCUCCACACACAGCUCGUCUCAGGACUCCACCUCGUUCACUCUCCCUGUCUUUCCCGUUUUCAUUGUAACACUUUUUAAGAUCAUCUCUAGGACGUGUUUUAAGUAUAAGAAGUAUCUCCACUCAAAUGUUUAUUUUUUCAUUUCUGAUGAAUUAUUUUCUGGCAGUUUUAAAGAAAAGAAAAAUUUCCUUUUUGUGAUCACACUCUGAAAACGCUGAUGCAGGACUGUGAAUGCACAAGGUUGUUUUUUUUUUUUUGGAGUGGAAAUACAUUUGAAGUUCAGAGCACCAAGACAGUGUAACUGUUUUUUUCCACCAUACUGUGUGACUGUAAGUUUGUUUCUAGUGUACUAUCUCGUCACCAUGCCCUUUUUUUUCUGUACAUAGUUUUUUCAAUACUUGUAAUUGAAGAAAAAGAAAAUGCUUUUUCUUUGUAAUUGUGAGUCAAUGUGACAUUUUUGGUGCAUACUCUUUUGACACCAGUAUGUAAGUACAUACAAAUACAUUUUUUUAAAUAAUGAGA